CCUCCCUCAGUGGCAGGCCAGCAGGGGGCGCUGAGCAGAGGCGGGGCGGCGCGGGGACUGGCCGCGAUGGGACCGGAGGCGGCGCAGACAAAGGCGCGGGCGGCGCGGGGCUCGCGGAGGGCGCGGGCCGGAGGCAGCAGCGACGAGGACAACGCGGGGGGACAAACAAGUGACUCCUGUCACCCCUCUGGGUGUCCCUUAGAGGUCAUCCAGCCCAGCCUGACCAAUGUCCACAGCCAGGGAACAGCCAAUCUUCAGCACCAGGGCGCACGUGUUCCAGAUCGACCCCGCUACGAAGAGGAACUGGAUUCCCGCUGGCAAGCAUGCACUUACCGUGUCCUAUUUCUAUGAUGCAACCCGAAAUGUGUACCGCAUCAUCAGCAUCGGAGGCGCCAAGGCCAUCAUCAACAGCACAGUCACUCCCAACAUGACCUUCACCAAAACCUCUCAGAAGUUCGGGCAAUGGGCAGACAGUCGAGCCAACACUGUGUAUGGCCUAGGCUUUGGCUCGGAACAGCAGCUGACCCAGUUUGCUGAGAAGUUUCAGGAGGUCAAAGAAGCUGCCAGACUGGCUCGGGAGAAAUCUCAAGAUGGUGGAGAACUCACUAGUACUGCCCUGGCCAUGGCCUCCCACCAGGUUCCUCCAAGCCCCUUGGUCAGCACCAAUGGUCCAGAAGAGAAGCUGUUCCGCAGCCAGAGCGCGGACGCCCCUGGCCCCACUGAGCGGGAGCGGUUGAAGAAGAUGCUGUCAGAAGGCUCCGUAGGGGAGGUCCAGUGGGAGGCUGAGUUCUUUGCACUUCAGGACAGCAACCAGAGGCUGGCAGGGGCCCUUCGAGAGGCCAACGCGGCCGCCACUCAGUGGAGGCAGCAGCUGGAGGUCCAGCGUGCAGAGGCUGAACACUUGCGGCAGCGGGUGGCUGAGCUGGAGGCCCAGGUGGCUGCAGAGCCGGUCCGGGCAGGAGAGAAAGAAGCAACCAGCCAGUCGGUGGAGCAGCUGGAGGCUCGGGUGCAGACCAAGGACCAGGAGAUCCAGACUUUGAAGAAUCAGAGCACUGGCCCACGAGAGGCUCCUGACACCGCCGAGCGGGAGGAGACACAGCAGCAGGUUCAGGUUGGCUGCAGGACCUCACCUGUAAGAGUGGCCCCCGGGGUAGAACAGGUAGCAACUGCCUGUGAGUGGGAUAGGGCGGUCUGCUCAGAGUUGCUAAGCAACCUCAUACCCAGUCUUCCCACAUUUGAGCAGUCUAGGGUUCCAGGGAAACUUCCCAGAGACCUGGGAGCCGUCAAGAGCACCCCCAGUUACCCUGUUGUCUUUGAGGGUGGGCAGGAGCAGAUUGUGCAAAGGCCCAGGACCUCAGAAUCAGUGGUCCUCUGGGCACAGUACUGUGUUCCCCGGGAGAGGGUCAGCAGGAAGGCUGUUCUGUAUGUCACUCAUACAUACGUGACUGUAUUAUGUUACAUACCAUGGGUUUCUGCAUGUAGUGUCUGUGCAUACAUACAUCCCAUGUGUAUCUGGAGACUGGAGCUGGUGUCUUCCUCUGUUUCUCCCUGCCCCAUCCUUUGAGUCUCACACUGAGCUCAGAACGGCUGGGUGCUGAGUCAAUGCAGUGGUGACCUGAUCCCCCACCCUUGAGGUCACAGCUGCCAGCAGUACUUGGGGCAUUAGACUGCAGUGGGUAAGAGGGGACUGAAGACCAGGCCCCUUGGCUCCGGGUCAUGCUGUUGGUCAUCUUGGGACUUUUGUUUUUAUACUGACUGUGCCUCUAGCAGCAGCUGAUCUGGGACUGGAGAGAUCCUCCUGUCCUCAGCUUCCCGGAUGCUGGGGUUAAAGGCCUGUGGGGCACCUUUCUAAGAUUUAGUUAUGUGUGGUGUUGUGCGCCAGUGCCAUUCCCUCAGGGGCCAGAAGGGCCGGGCCCCUGGGAGCUUGUUUGUGAGUUGCCUCAUGUGGGUACUUGGAGGUGAACUCUGGCCUUAUGCAGAACUUCAUACUUAACCACUGUCCCAUCUCUCCAGCCCAUCUAGUUUUUAGAAAGAGGGUGUCUCACUGGCCUGGGGAUGAUUAGGUUGGCCAGUCUGCUCCAGUCUGGAGUCCUGCCUGUCUCCCCUUGGUGUCCUACCAGCCAUGCUCGUUAUGCAGCUAUUGGGUCCCAAACUCAGUACUUCAUACUUCCGUGGUCCUUUACUGACCCCGUGAAGACACAGACCGCAUCAGAGAGGACUGGCAACCAAAGCUUCACAGGUUGUCCCACCCCUUGCCUCCCGCUGCAGGACCUGGAGACCCGGAAUGCAGAACUGGAGCAGCAGCUGCGGGCGAUGGAAAGCAACCUGGAGGAGGCGCGGGCCGAGCGGGAGCGCGCACGAGCAGAGGUGGGCCGGGCUGCGCAGCUGUUGGACGUGCGGCUGUUCGAGCUGAGCGAGCUGCGCGAGGGCCUGGCUCGCCUGGCAGAGGCAGCACCCUAGUUUGCUCUGGAGGCCUGCGGCCCCAAGGCACCCUGGCAGGGACCAGGGGGCCCCAGCUGUCUCUGAGCUUUGCACCGUGUAGAAUUUUCUAGAAUCCUUGGGCAGUGCUUCUGCCCAGGUAACAUUUCUACGUGUGGCGUUGUUGACACCUGCUGUCCUUGGCUGCUGCUGCCUUGCACCCCAGGGACACUGUGAGGGAAGGCUGCACCGGUUAUCCUCAUGGGGCAACAGAGGCAUUGGGGUCCUGUGACCGGAAGGCUCUACACUCAUCCUGCCCCAUUUUCAAGUCUGACUGACAGGUUCAAAGAGCAUUUACUGAAGUCAGGGGCCACCUGCAGUAGGUUUACAGCUCAGUUCUGAGCCUCAGCCCUGGCUGGCUCUUGGGGACGAGGUCUGGGAGGACGCGACCGCCGGCCUGUGCUCCCUGCUUUCUGCUGCCGAAGCGUCUGCUCCACUUUCUCCUUGAAGCGCCGGUUCUGUUGCUUAAUCUUGGCCAGCUCAGCUUUGCGCUUGGCCUCCAGGUCCGGGUCCUGUGGAAGGGAGCGGAGAUUGUAGCUGGGCAGCUUCCCAGGGACUGGCUCCCCGGUCCCCAGGUCCCACCCACCCUAUUAAUCACACUCAUGCCUGCCCCUGCACACCAGUCUCACACACUAGCAUCUACCUUCCCCUCCAGGAUCAUCUGUUUCCGCUUGUUGAUCUCCUUCUUUUCAUCAAAAUGCGAAGCCUCCAGUUUCUGGGGUGGGAAGGGGGGCAUGUCAGGUCAGGCCCAGCACAGGGAGCCUUGCCCCACCCCACAGGCUGGCCCACACAUACGAUUUCACACUCCCUGCGCACCACGUUGACCUGUGUGAGGAUCUGCAGGACCUGGGCCUCCUCCACUGCCAAUUCAGCCAGCUGCUGUUCUGCAGGGACAGGAACCUGGGUUAGGCUGGGGUGCAGCUGGCCCUCCUUGCCCCCCUAGCUCUGGAGGUCUGGAUCCAGCCACAUGUGGACUAUGCUGCCAAGCCUGGUAGCACAUGCUCGUCAUCACAGCCCUGGGAGGUGGAGGCAGGAGAUCCCUCCUUUCAGCUGUGUUCCAGGCCAGCUCUGUAGAGCAAUUACCCUCUGUCUCGAAUGAAUGAAUGAAUAAACAAAUGAACAAA